UUUUCUCAGGAGCAUUAUACAGCAAAAGGGGAGGAGUGGGUAGGUUGCUAUGCCAUUGUUCUAACUGGAAUGUCAGGUCUGGAGACAUCCCUAGAUGAUAGGUAGUGAUAAGGAAAUUCUGAGGGUCUGUAAAUGUUUGCUCACAGGGAGAAUGCUAAUUACUUCUGGGUACUGGGGGUCUUCAAGUCUACAGGCAUACUUAACUCACAGGGAGAGAUAAGAAGAUACUGGGUUAUUUCCUGGGCCUGGAACUUGUCCUACAGGGGUGAAUAUCUUACUUAAUUUGUGAACUAAGAUGGCUGGACUAUAACCAAAUACAGGUAUUUGCUCCCAGUAGGGACUUAGUUUUCUUUCUUCAAAUUAUAUCCUUAAGAAAAUGGUUUGAUAACAGAGUGAAGAAUGAGCCACUUUUGGAAAUGAUACAGUCUUUAUAGAGUAAUAAUGAACAGCAAACUGACAGGACUAAUAGCAUAAAAAAUAAAAAGUUAGCUAAAAAAAAUUAAUACUACUGAAAAGGAUAACAUUAAUCUGCUAGACAAAAUUCAAUCCAUGUCAAUGGAUACUGAGAAAUUAUCUGAAUGAAUUCACACUGUUGAAUUUGACAACCAAAAUCUGUUAGAAGGCUAUGAUAGGUUAGCAGAUAGAGUAUCCCUUAAAGAAGGCAAUUUACACACUAACCAAAUAAUGUGCAAGAAUAAGAUGUUAUCUUUACAGGAAAAACUUCAGACCUUGGAAUCACAUGUACAGAAUGAGAACCAGAGGCAGGGUGCCUCAAUGAAAUCACUAGAAAUAUAUACAGGACAAGAGAUUUAGGUUUUACAAAUGAUAGUACUAAAAAUAUUUGAAGUGCUUGAGGAAAUUAUUGAGGGACUGAUGAACAGGGAAUGAAUGUUCAAGGACAGGCUAUAACAUCGCCAGUACCUGUAAGAGUCAGAGAUGACUUAGCCAGGGUUUUAGCUUCCUACUCUGUAAACAACUCUGAAAAGCAUCAAGCUCUAAAUGCCCCAAAUGAUCCAAAGAAUGUAGUUGAAUACCUAUAGGUAUGAAUGAUCUAAAAGUAAUUAAGCAAGCAGUAGUAUCUUAUGGCUUACAUUCAACAUUUGUUAGGGGAGAUGGUAAAGACAAGGGCUUCUAGCCACGUGAUUGGCUUCAAUUAGUUUCAGCAGUCUUGGAAGAUGGGCCACAAGUACUGUGAAAAUGCUAUUGGAAAGAAGAGUAAAACAUUUUAGAACUACAGGGAAAGUCAAAAGGAUUGAGGCUUCCCAAGAUCAAAUUCUUGGCAAGGGCUUUUAUGCUAACCCACAGGAUCAAGCUCUUUACCAUGAGCAAAUCUUGUCCUUAUGCCACACAGAAGCCUUAAAUACUUGGGACAGGAUUCAAGAACUAGGAAAGCUAAUUGAAUCAUAUACCAGGGUUAAACAGGGCCAGAGAGAACCCUGUAGUGACAUUUUACAAAGAUUAACUAAGGCUGUACAAGUAGAAAUAACAGACCCAGAAGCUAGAUGAGUACUUAAUGAAUCUCAUUCUUUUAAAAAUAUCAACUUAGAAUGCAAAAAGAUACUUGGGCCUUUAAAGGUUAGAUCAGCAGCAAUAGAUGACUGGAUCCUGCAUACAAUGAACGUUGAGACAUUUGACUAUAAUACUGAAUAUUGGGUAGGAGAAGCAAUUUCCAAAGGUAAGAGGAGACAUCAAAAUGCCAAAUGUUUUAAUUGUGGUAGAAUAGGACAUCUAAGAAGGAGUUGUAGACAAGGAAUUCCUAGGAAUAAUGUCUCCUCUGGAAAUGGCAAAAAUAAAUGGUAUUAACAUUCUGGAUUAUAUAGGAGGUGUGGCUAAGAAAGACAUUAGAACAAUGAAUGCAGAUCAACAAAAGACAGACAGAGCAAACUGAUACAAUUGGGAAACUCCUUGAGGGGAAUCUCGCAGGCCCCCAAGGAAAACGUGGUCCAGUCAUUACCAGUCCCUGUAAAGGACAUGUAUCACCAGGAAAAUUAAAAAUUCAUGACCUGCUGUCAUAAACCAUAUUGUCCUGGAUGGUGUAGUAAACAUGGGGGAUGAAUCAAAAAUUCCAAUAAGAAAUAGAAGCAUAUAUUGUGAGAGACUUCUAUAAAUGAUCAAAGAACACAGGUAAGAAUGUGUGUAAAAGACAUUGUAAUUGAGGAAUUACUAGGCACGGAUGUGGACAUGAGUUUCAUUACUCCAGAAUCUUGGCAUCCAAAUUGGCCUUUUCAAGAGGCAGAUAUUCAAUUUCUAGGAAUUAGAACCCUAUCUGAAGUGAAACAAAGCACAAGAUGGUUAAAUGCAUAGGGCAAGAAGGACAGAGAAGAAGCCUGAGGCCCUAAAUGGCUAAUAUCACAGUCAAUACAUGGAGUCAUGACUUGCUGCAGCAAUGGAAUACCCAGAUUAGCUUUAUUGUUUCUGGGAAGGAUAUUGUAAGGUACUAUAUACAAAGGUCACUGCCAUUCAGGCUGUAUAAGAAUACAAAGCAACUGACAAACCUUUAGAGGUACCAACAGACCUACCUUUAAAAUGGUUAACUGAAAAACCAAUAUGGGUUAAUCAAUGACCUUCAAUAAAAGAGAAACUGCAGGCUUUAGUACAUCUGGUAUAAGAGCAACUUGAUGCUCAUCAUAUUGAAGAAUCAACCAGCCCUUGGAACUGUCCUGUAUUUGCUGUUAAAAAGAAAUCUGGAGCUCUUGCUGCAGCAAGGCGAGUGGGAGCACCUGGAGCGCAAGCUCAGAACGAGACUCCACAGGUUGUAAGAAAAUGGCAGACAAGCCAGUCAUGGGGGAAAUAGCCAGCUUCGAUAAGGCCAAGCUGAAGAAGACCGAGACUCAGGAGAAGAACACCCUGCCGACCAAAGAGACCAUUGAACAGGAAAAGAGGAGUGAAAUUUCCUAAAAGCCCAGACUGGAGGAUUCCCCCACCCCACCCCGUCAUCUCCAAGACCCCUUAGUGAUGUGGAGGAAGAGCCACCUGCAAGAUGGACGCGAGCCACAAGCUGCACUGUGAACCUGGGCACUCCGCGCUGAAGCCACUGGCCUGCAGGGUCUCUGAAGGGGGACCCCCCACUAAUCGGACUGCCAAAUUUCACCGGUUUGCCCUGGGAUAUUAUAGAAAAUUAUUUGUAUGAUUGAUGAAAAUAAAACACCUCGUGGCA